AUGGAAGACAAAGAUAACUUGAUAAAGAAGAGUAGAGGGGAAGGAUGCCCCACAAGGCUACAGAAGCAUGCUCCAGCAUCUCUUGACAUUGAUCGACCCUCUAACCCUUUUGCUGAGGCUUCUAAGGCUAUUCCAUUACUAUCCCCACUCAUUCUAUCCCCACAACCUACAUAUGCAGAGAUUAGUGUAAAAGCUCCAACAUCGGAGAAUAGUGUGAAUCAUGGUAGUAUCAAUGAGGGUAUACCAGCCACAGGGUCGGAACAUCCAGCUAUGGCUUCAUUUCCGGAGCCAUUAUCUUUGUCUAGUUUCUUCCAAAAGCAAUGCGUUUUUGUGAACCAUGCGCAGUGA